CAGCUUCUUCUUUUUCUCCCCUCACCUCAGCGUAAGAACAAACUAAAUUAAACAGCCGUUUCCAUCUUCUCCGCGGCCUCACCGAUUUCUCGCCGAACUUUUCUCACCUCUCUCCCUGGCUAUAGCUUCAUACAAUUGUUAAUCUGCCAAUUUCCCCCAAUUUAGAAUUCUUCAGUAGCGAGAUUAGCGCACACAGCUCCUCACCGAAUCUAGGAGACUCCAAAUAAUAUCGUCACUAUAUAUACUGAUGAAGAUCGACAUUAGGGUUCAUACUCUCGCCGCACGAGUAGACGAGAUUUCAUCCACAUCAACCCAGGUUUGCGAACACAAAUCCUUCCGUGCCCAAGUAGCAGAGUCCCAUCAAUAUGGCACGUAAAAUAAAUGCAAUUGAAGAGAUCAAUGACAGCAAAGAGACAUGGAAGAUUGCAGUCAGAGUCAUCUCACUUUGUUCUGUCCAGACUCCCUCAAAGUUCAUUGAAAUGAUUCUAAUGGACGCAAAGAGAUAUAAGAUACAGGCGGUAGCAAGAAAUGCAGAGGUGCUAACCUGGAAGCCGAAGGUCAAAGAAAAUGAAACAUAUGUGAUGCAAAACUUCAAAGUACUGUGCAAUGAAGGAGAGUUCAAGGCAUGUGAUCAUCCAUUCAAGCUCCAGAUCACAAGUGGCACAACAUGCAAACAUCAAGAACUAGCUGAUAUACCCAAAGAUUACUAUAGCUUUAAAAACUUCAGUGAGAUAUUAAGUGGUAAUCUCCGUACUGAUGUUUUGGUUGAUGUGAUUGGAGCUUUCCAUGAUAUUGUGCGUUCUGACAAUAGUGCUCCGUUGAAAAAAGCAUCAUUUUGGAUGAAAGAUCUCAGUGGUGAUAUGAUCAUGUGCACUUUAUGGCAAGACUAUGCUUCGAAGUUCUUGGAGUUUCAUGAGAAUCAUAAAUCUGAGCUAAUUGUUGUCAUAUUGACACAGGCAAAAAUCAAAGAACCCGAAGGAAAAAAUCCCAUGUUCAUUCAAAAUAGUAAGUUCGGAUCUAAAUUGCUCAUUAAUGAGGACAUUGUGGAUAUCCAGAAAUUCAAAGACAGCUAUUGCUCAGUUCAAGCAAACGAAGGACCCAGUCAGAGUCAGAGUCAACUCUCAAAUUCAAAAUUUACUGAGCAAGACAAGCUAACCUAUAAAGCCAGUGUUAUGAGUCUUUCUGAUAUCAAUGGCCUUACAGAGAUGAACAGAAAGGCAUAUUUGACACAAUAAUGGAAGCUGUGACUAACCAAAAAGGAGGGGUAUACUUUUUAUAUGGUUAUGGUGGUACAGGGAAAACCUUUAUGUGGAGGACAUUAGCUUCUGCCUUACGUUCUCAGCGUCAUAUUGUUUUAACUGUCGCAUCCAGUGGUAUUGCUUCUCUACUCUUACCUGGCGGUAGAACUGCACACUCUAAAUUUUCAAUCCCGGUUCCUACUCUAGAGAACUCUACAUGCAAUAUACAUCAAGGGAGUGAACUUGCAGAGCUUUUAAAACAGACUAAGUUGAUAAUUUGGGAUGAAGCAACAAUGGCUAAUAGAUUUUGUUUUGAAGCACUAGACAGAAGCCUAAAUGACAUCAUCAACAAUGAUGGUGAUUCUAUUUCACCAUUCGGAGGAAGAGUGAUUGUCUUUGGAGGAGACUUCAGACAAACUUUACCAGUUAUUCCUGGAGGAAGCCGUUCAGACAUUAUUAAUGCUACAAUCAAUUCUUCAUAUCUAUGGGAUGACUGUCAGGUAUUGUCUCUUACUAAAAAUAUGCGACUCCAAAAUAAUUUGGAUAUGACAAGUGCUACUGAGCUCAAAGAAUUUUCAAAAUGGAUAUUGGAUGUGGGAGAUGGAAAAAUAUCAGAGCCAAAUGAUGGUUAUGCAGAAAUACAGAUUCCAGAUGAAUUCUUGAUUAAAGAAUUUGAUGAUCCAAUAGAUGCAAUAGUCCGUAGCACGUAUCCGAACUUGCUGGAGCAAUACAGAAAUGAGGAAUUUCUCAAGUCUAGAGCUGUCUUGGCAUCAACUGUUGAAAUUGUCGAUAAAAUUAACGACUAUGUUCUUUCAACGCUCCCAGGUGAAGAAAGAGAAUAUUUAAGUUGCGAUUCUGUAGACAAGUCGGAUGUAGUUGAAGCAGAAGCAUUUGAAGCGUUGACACCAGAGUUUCUCAAUUCCUUGAGAACAUCAGGUCUCCCAAAUCACAACAUACGACUUAAGGUUGGGACUCCAGUAAUGUUGCUAAGAAAUAUAGACCAGUCAGAAGGACUAUGUAAUGGAACUAGAUUGAUUGUCACAAGACUGGGAAAUCAUGUCAUUGGAGCAAGAAUCAUGUCUGAAGGCAAUGGUGGAGAUGAGAUUUACAUACCUCGAAUGUGUAUGUCUCCAUCUCAAUCACCAUGGCCUUUUAAACUUAUCAGAAGACAAUUUCCUAUAAUGGUCUCAUAUGCGAUGACAAUCAAUAAAUCUCAAGGACAGUCACUGGAAAGAGUUGGAUUAUACUUGCCUAGACCUGUUUUUAGUCAUGGACAAUUGUAUGUGGCAUUGUCAAGAGUUCAGAGCAAACAUGGAUUGAAGAUUUUAAUACAUGAUAAGGAUGGAAAAUCAUUAGAC